GGAUAGAUUAAAACAUACACUUAAAGGUUCGCAGCAAUUAUUGAUUGUCGUUGAUAAAGUUGGAAGUCGACUACGGUUUCUUGACCUGGUAAUCACAGGUCGUUUCAUAACCUCAGAAUACCUCCUCAUCGUCUGUAGUGCUUUUCAAGGUUUCACAAACCAACCAGGAGGGUUUUCUGUGUUGUAGGUCAGUAACGCUUUCAAAUCUAUGCGCUAUCCCAUCUUAAUGCUGUGUACGAUUUCCAGAUUGUCCCAAUCUCGUGAUAUAUAACUUUUAUUUUACAUUCCCACGUUCACUAAACUGCAAAGGAUGGUCACGCAAUCCCAAUUGAUGUAAAUAUCAUUUUUCAGCACAAACUAUCAAUGGCAAUAAAUGAAGAAAAUUUCAGUCGGUUACUUUCUCGACAAACUUCUGAUAUUGAAACUACUGAACAGGAGAUUAUCAGCUUGGAAAAAUAUAGAUCAGAUUAUGAGUCUGUUAGUAAUAAAAUUCAGGAGUUGCAAAAGUCGGUGUAUAAAGAUGCGUAUAUUCCAUUUAGUCGUAAAGCGCUUGUCCGUGGGCGUUUAAUUCAUACAAAUGAACUAUUAGUUUAUCUCGGCGGAACUAAUGAUUAUUUUGCUGAAUUAUCUGUCUACGAUACAGUUCAGUUACUCAAUCGUCGUAUUAAACGGUUAGAUAUAAAAUUAGAUGGAUUACGUCAACAAAAAACAUUGUUAAAUGACAGAAUCAGUUACACAAAACAAUUGGUCGCACAAAAGUUAAUUUCUAUACCGAAAGAUUCCUCCACUUGUACUCGUGAUCGAAUUGUAGGAGGUAUUGAGGAUGAUAAGGAGAUUGAAAUUAGAGAAGAGUAUGAUUCUGAUGCUGAAAUUGAAUGGAGGAAAAAACAUGUAAAUAGUCGAAAACAGGAGCGCCUUUCCAAUGCUUCAACACGUUCCCCAGUACUUUCUACUCGUCGAGUGUCGUUUGAUUUAGUUGAGCAAGUGCUUGGAGAACACCAUACUGAUUGUGAAAAUAUUUCUAAUUCAGAAUCUGAUUUGGAUGAUAAGAACUUGUCGACCAUACACUUUCAACAUUCAGACACACCCUCACCUAUUCCAAGGGAAAAAGUAGUCGAUAUUUCCACUCUUACUAUUGCAGAAGCUGUCAAUUUCGCCCUCAAGAUUUGUAACACACAUGGUAAAAAGAAAGUGUUCCCUGUAGAACCACUUGGUGAUAUUAUGGAACGACAACCAAAUGUCUUAGCAAAAGCUGUCAAUCUUACUUCCGAAAUGUCGAGUACAAAUCACCAGAGCGAAAUACUUCCAACAAAACCAUUUGGUGAUAUAAAUGAACGACAACAAUAUGCCUUGGAUGAGUCAGAUAUUUCUCCACCCAUCAUAAUAAAUGAAAGAAAACGAUGUUCAUUGUUCCGUUCUUCUCGUAUCAGAGAUUCCAAACCUUCAUAAAUUUGUCUGGUGUUGUCCUUUUGUAACCAUUCACGAGAUUUCCUUUUUCUUUCAUAUUUUUUGAUUAUCUGGAACCAUGAUUUUAUUCACAGUUUGUAUAUAUUCAUCAGAUUCUUUAUUAAUAGUAUUUGUUGUAUGGAAUGCA